AUGCCCGGCGCAACACCCUUGGCGCUCGGCACAAUCAGGAGUCACCUCGACCACAUCCUUCGCCACUUUUCGAUCCUCCAAGUCGCGCUGCGGCCCGAUCUGCGCUCUGACGUGCUCAAGAUCGUCAAAUACCUCGCACGCCAACGAGGCUUGUAUCCGACCGGCCAGCAGAAGAAGCGCUGGAUCGACGAUAGCACCGUCGCUGCUCUGGAGGCUGCCAUCUGGACCGUUGCUGCUCAGCUGACGCCGCGCAAGGGGCCUCGCUCCGUCGCAAGCCUGCUCUCGAUCCAGCUGAUCGUCAUGUUCCUUGACGAGUUUGGCAGUCGCGUGAGCUCUUGGCUCGACAACAUCCAUCGCCCCAAGGGACAAGCCGGACGCUAUCUGCGUUGGGGGAUGGUGACGAUCACCUUCUGCGGAUACUCGGCCUCGGGCAACGAUCCAGAGUUCGUGCUCAACGUCAGCAACAGCUCGAGCAAGAAGGCCGGUCGCUCUGGCGAUCUCAACUUCACCGUCAACACCCUGGCGACGAGAAGGGACCGACCAAAGAGCCAGGAUCCCGUCUUCUGCCUCGUGGCGCUCGGCAUCAUCCAGCACGUCUUUCGGGACGACGUGGCGCGGAUCUUCAGCGACCGCACGUACGGCUCGUCUCUGCUGCGACGCAACAAGUCGCAGUACGUCAUCACGGCCAAGGACGAGGUUGACGACUGUGCCGUCUUCGUCCACGGCAGGGUCCUCUCCCAUCAGCCCGACCAGGAACGGCCGAACACCUCGACCGCGCUCAAGCACCCCUCGGACCGUCCAGCCUGGGGCCAACAUCAUAGGCCGAUGUCGACCAAACAUCUGGCGGAUGCGCUCGGCAAGCUGUCGCGCCACAUCGGCCUCACCCACAAGGUCACGUCGAGGACGUUCCGUACCACCUUCGCCUUCAAGAACGUGCUCCAGGCCAAGAUCCCGGCCUGGCGGCUGGCGGCUCGUAUGGGCCACUUUUCCGGCAACAAGGACCUGUCGCGCAAGACGUACGCCCCCACCUACGGCCCCGUCGACACGCGGCGCACCGCCGCCACCGUCGACCCCAGCGCGGCCUUUUCCGACGGCGUCCGCGAGUCGCUCGCCUCCAACGGUGCGAUCGCGCCUCUUCCGGACGCCGACGACAUCGAUCCGGCCCUGCUGGCGCGAGCCCGCCGUCUGCUCGGCGCGUUGGAGGACCACCUCGAGCAUCAGACGGACCAGCGGGUCCCCACCGCCAUGGCAGAUGAGAUCGUCGACAUGUUCCGUACGAUCAACACUGGCGUUCGCAUCCCCUUCAAAGAUGCUCUGGCGGGCCUGCUGUCGCUGACCAGCAUCCGAUCGCGGUCGUCGCAUUCCGUCGCGCAGCAGCAGCAGCAGCAUCCAUUCGACGACGAGGGCAUCCGAAAGGGCACCGACGCCGCCCUGCUCAAGUGGCUCGAAGACGGAGCGUCGCGGCUCUGCCCUUCCUGCCACGAGUCUCUGCACAACGAAAAGAUCAAGAAGAAGGGCGCCGUGCCGAACGGCAUGCCCUCCAACAUGUUCCUCUUGUUCAACGACUGCCUGAAGCAGAAGCACGCCGAGUACUGCUGCUUCAUCUGCAGCCAGCGUCUCCCUCUGGCAGACGGCACCGACCACGCCGUCCGCUGCUUCCAGCAGCACUACGAUGUCUGCUGCGCCGACGGCCUCGACUUUGACCGGAUCUGCGUGCUGCGCAGCAGCAGCAUCGAGCGAUGGAAGAAGGCACACUUCCUCGUCUGUCCGAUCGCCUCUUGCAUCGACCAAGACUGGUACCAGGGGCCCGGUGCCGACGACCGCGCCUACCUCUACGGCACCGCCAGCAUCCGCAAGGACAAGCGCAAGGGCGGUCCGGAGAUUGGGGGCGGCAAGCUCGAGGUGCACAACGAGACGUCCACCUUUUUCAACCAUCUCGCCGCGCAUUUCUUCGACACGGCGCUCGUCCACACCAGCAGCGGCAGGGCGUUUCAAGUCCGUGCCCGGAUGCCCGAGACGCUCGACGGCACCGCCAUCGUCUGCCCAGUGCGCAAUUGCAGCCAACGAUGGAAGCACGACUCGGCCGGCGACACGGCCUUCCUCGCCCACCUGAUCAACCUCCACCGAUUCCCGAUCCUCUUCGAUGCGGACGGGCAGGCCGUCGGCUCCAUCGAGGCUGGACAGGAGCGCAAGCUGACUAAUCUGCUGCCAUACGUCCCCGACACAACCAAAGCCAUACCAGACGUGGAGCUUCAGCAUCCCGACCGCAGCUUCGAUGGCUUCUACAUCCGCGUCCGCGUCGACUACCUUCGAAGGAUGGCGCAGGCCGGCCACAAGAGGGUGCUGCGCACGGACAAGGCUACGCCGACAAGCUAA